GAUAGCCCUGAUCUACCACUUAGAGGACCACUGCCCUAAACUCUAGCCAGCGAUAGCCCUGAUCUACCACUUAGAGGACCACUGCCCUAAACUCUAGCCAGCGAUAGCCCUGAUCUACCACUUAGAGGACCACUGCCCUAAACUCUAGCCAGCGAUAACAGAAGCUAAUCAACAACAAAACCAGUACUUUGUACCUGUUCGGUCUCUUUAUACCCGAGGUAUGAAAUACCUGUUUGCCAGCAUGACUUCAACUAUUGUCUGUAUCCUACUGGCCGUGGUUACGGUGUGUUCAGCAGUCCCAGCCUGGUACCUGAACGCUAGGCAGAGUUUUAUUGAGAGCGAGGCAUCCAUGCGUGUCGGCGCUGGGCAGGUGUUGAACGCCAAAGAAGAAAAGGUUAACAGGUAUCUGAUGCAGUUGAAGAACGCGGCCGUACAGGAGAGCAUCACUUCCACCAUCCCCUACCCUCCAGCGGUAUCGUUUUUUAAGAGCAAGGACUGGAUUGACAACUCCACUAUAUACGAUAUCAUCAAGCUCAUGCCAAAAGGCGGAGUCCUGCACCUGCACGACGGCGCCAUGACGUCAUUGAACUGGACGGUCAAGACGCUCACUUACCUCCCCAACUUGUACACAAAGAAAGACAACGACAGGUUUUCUACACGGCUGUUUAAUUUCUCGGUUACCUCCCCUGGUAGCGACUGGGACCUCGUGUCAGAUCUGCGACAGAAAUCUGGCAACGUCGAGCAAUUUGACGAGAUUGUUGAAGGGGAACGAGAUUUAUCUGCCAGUGGGUUUGAACUCGAGACGUUGUUCGAAUUUAUCAACCAUGAGCUUUUUUGCCGACUCGACCACGCCUCCAACACAAUUAAGCGGCUGAUGGAUGAGAUCUCCAUCAAAGUGACGGAUCCGUUCAUCUCAUACCCGUCCAUCAACGACGUCUGGCAAAAGUUCAACUGCUACUUCAACUCCAUGUUCGGGCUCAUCCACAACCUGCCUAACAUCAAGCUUUACGUGGAGCAAGCGCUGAAAGAAUUCUACUCAGAUGGCGUACAGUAUAUGGAAUUUCGGUCCGGAUUUUUUGUGGACACCAACGGAACUGACGUCACAGAAAGUUAUUUAAAGAUCCUUCAGACAGCUGUUACGGAAUUUAAACAGCAGCAUUCAGAUUUUGUUGGGGUUAGGGUUAUUAUCCCGGGUACCAGGUCAUCGUCACCUGACCAGAUGGCUAACGAGGUGAGUCGAGCCCUGGGUUUCAUGCAAGAGUUUCCAGACCUGGUCAUGGGGUUCGAUCUGGUAGAGCAGGAAGACACGAACCACGACACUUUGUACUUCGUUGAUCAGCUGUUGAAGGAUGACCGCUCAAUUAUGCCGUACUUUUUUCAUGCUGGGGAAACAGACUGGAACCAAGGCGUGGAUUACAACCUCAUAGACUCCGUUCUCCUGAACGCCAGCCGUAUCGGUCACGGGUUCGCGGCCAUGCGGCACCCAAAGGUUAUGGAGGCCGUCAUAGCGCGAGGCAUUGCUAUAGAGCUGAACCCGAUCUCUAAUCAGGUUCUCGGGCUGGUGAACGACAUCCGCAACCACCCGGGCAGCACCCUGAUCGGCUACGGCGCCCCCGUGGUGGUGUCGUCAGACGACCCCGCCGUCUGGUUCGCCAGCCCCCUGUCACAUGACUUCUACAUGGCCUUCAUGGCCCUGGGCGGGCUGGAGGAUGACCUGAGGCUGCUCAAACAGUUGGCCAUCAACUCUUUCGUAUACAGCACACUGACUGAAGAGCAGAAGGAGGCGGCAUUACAAAAAUGGCAGACCCGAUGGAACGCAUUUAUUGAUGACGUCAUUGCCAAGUACUCACUACAAUAAAAGUAAAAGUUCUAAAAAAACUA